AUGAUUCCCACAGCUCUUCCGCAGCACAUGGUUACGCCGCUGCUCGACGACACCUCCGUCGCCGCGACCGCUUUCAAGACACCCGACGUCCCCCGCGCAAACCAUGUGGCCGUUCCUUCGAAUGCCAACACGAUCCUCUCCUCCGUUCCCUCCGCCGCACCUCACCAGCAGACUGACGUGAGCAAUUCGACUCCGGCAGUCGAGAGCGUUACGAGAACCGUCGUGAUAGUCUACGGCCACAACCAACAGCAUAUUGUGCAGCUGGUUGCGGAGGUGCUGGGUAAGCCAUGGACAACGGAGACUUCGCUUGGGACGCUCGCGCGAGCCAGCAAUGCAGCGGUGGCAGGGAUUCUGGCGCAUGACCUUGCGCCGAGCUUGCAAGGGUGCGAACGGUCGUCGCUGGUUCUGGUGAACACAUAUUGCGUGGAAGACGGGUCUGCGCCGGACGACUUGCUCACGGAGAGCUGUGACUACGAAUUCUUAUAUUCGCGGAGUCCGCUUUUGCGUCGAGACUUGGCGAGGUUUUUGUCUUUGAUUCUUGGGCAGACGAGGCCACAUGAUGACUUGCGCACUAAGACCCGCACGAAUUUUAUCUCGACUACGUUUCCUGAUGUGCAUGCUGCACUGCCGAAUUUGGAUAUCCUGUCGGUUGGAUCGGACGCUGUUGAGAUCCGUGUUGAUUUGCUCGUUGAGCCUGGGCCGGUGGUGUCGACUACUCCACCAGUUCCGAGUUUGAAGUAUGUCGGGCAUCAGUUGAUGCUGCUGCGUCAGCAUACUGAGUUGCCUAUUAUUUUCACCGUGCGCUGUACCAGGGAGAACGGGAAGUUCCCGGUCGACGAUCCUGCCCUCUUUUAUAAGUAUCUGCGGCGUGCAAUACAGUGGGGGGUUGAAUACAUCGAUGUAGAGCUGUGGCUGCCAGAGGAGAUCCGGCGGCAGCUGGCUGAGAAAAAGGGUCAUAGUAUGAUCUUAUCUGCUUUCCAUGACUUCUCUGGCAACUGGAAGUGGACCUCCGAUGAGGCUCAGCGCAUCUUCUCGGAAAGUGCCAAAUACGCCGACAUCGUGAAGAUGAUCGCCAUGGUCCACACAAUCGAGGAGAACUACGAGUUGGAGUACUUCCGUUCCACCAUCAAAAGCCGCGGCACCGGCCCACUCCUAUCAGCAGUCAACAUGGGACAAAUGGGCCAGGUAUCCCGUGCCCUAAACACCGUCUUCUCCCCUAUCACCCACCCACUCCUCCCAAUGAUCGCCGCCCCAGGUCAGCUAACCGCAGCCGAAAUCAACGAAGCGCUCCAUAUAAUGGGUCAACUCCCCAAACGCGACCUCUACGCCAUCGGCUCCUUCCGCUCAACCCCACACUCAAUGUUCAUGGAGAAGUGCCUGAACGAGCUCGGCCUCCCACACACCUUCACCUCCCUCGACCGCGGUCCAAAGGGCUACAUGGAAUCCGUCAUCCUCCAGCCACACUUCGGCGGCGCCUACGUCAACCCCCCGGUCCCAAGCACCACCAGCUUCAUCCCUGCAGUUAGCGACGCCGCCCGCGCAAUCGGUCUAGUCGACACAAUCGCCAUGACGGCCGCCGACUCCCCUCGCGGCACAUCCCGCUUCAUCGGCGAAAACGCCGCCUGGAAAGGCAUCCGCGCGACCCUGACACGCGAGUACGUGCCAUCCGCAUACCGCAGCCGCGCAGCAAUCAUCCUCUCCGCCUCCGAGGCAGACGCAUCACCCGCUAUCUUCGCAUUGCGUAGUCUGGCCGUCGGAACCAUCUACACCGUCGGCUUCAAAGCCACCGGCCCGCUAGCCGCAGGUCUCGAGCCCUUCACGUCCAUCCAGUCUGUUAAACGAGUUGAGCAGCCGUUCGUAAUUGUUUCGGCUCUUCCGCCGGAAAAAUCACUUCUUGUCCAGCCCUUGCUGCGCCAUUAUGGGACCAACGGUCGGUCGUCGCCGCCUUCGACGCGGGGGAAGGUUUAUCUGGAUUUGACUAGUGGGCUGAGGAAAGGGGAUCCGCUUGCUGUUGCUACUGCGGCCGGCUGGACGGCGUAUGGAGUUGAGGAUGUUAGUGCAUGGACGACGGUGGAGACGCUCAGGUUGCUUGUUGGCCAGAAUGUGCCGUUUGACUUUGUGAGGAUGGCCUCUGGGAGGCCUUUGUUCUAG